UCCCAGCUGUGCCUUGUCAGCCUCGGGACCGAGCACAUUGUGCUGCUUUGCCUUUGCCUGGAGUGAGGUUCGAGUGCUCCGAGCACCGGCACGGGCUGAUCCUCCGCGCCCAGAACCGAGCAGCGUUUGCCCCCAGGGAAAGGAGCUGUUCCAGACCUAACUAAAGGAAUCGUCCCACAUGUUUCAACAACCCCAAGCGUGUCUCUGUUUGUUUUAAAGAUAUCACUGUGGUUCUGUUUCAGUUGCAGCGGGAGACUAAAUGACAGCAAGCAGAAUCUGCUGUUAGGUUAGAUUACAAGGAUACUCUCUGGGACACCCGAGGCCAUGCAGGCGACAGCACUGCUCUGCUCUUUCCUGCUCGUCUCCCUGGCUGUUGAUUUUUGUCCCGGUGAAGGCAGAGCCCUUCCCGGGAGGCACAGCAGGAGGAUGCACCCCCGAGGCCUGGGAAGGGGCUCCCUGGCAGGGCACAGGAUCCCGAGGCAGCCAAGGAUGGAGCCCCCAGAGCCCGGGAUCCCCCUCAUUGACAUCGACGACAGCGUCAUGGGAGUGUUCGACUCCCUCGUGGGGUUGGGGGAACACGAGUCCAGCUACAGUGUCCUGCCAGGGAAGAAGGGGCAGUGCUCAGCCAACGGGAUGAUCAUGUUCGACAAAGCCGUCUGGUCUCCCCGGCCCUGCGUCACCUGCCUCUGCUCCCAGGGACAGGUGAUCUGUGACACAGCCAUGUGCCACCCCUUGAGAUGUCCCCACACCGUCACACCCGAGGGGGAGUGCUGCCCAGUGUGCUCUGAUACUGGCUCCUCUUUGAAUUCAAGUAUUAUUUCACUGGAUGACAUAAGUGAGUUGUCUGGAGACUCUCCAGAACCCAGUGACCUUGAUAUCACCAAUGUCUUGCCAUCAGCAAGGACUCAGACUGGAAAGGAUGAAGUGCUCCAAACAGAAGUGACAGAGGUUAAGGAGGGUCACAGAAAGGGCGAAAAGAAAAGGAAAAGGAAAGGCAAAAGGAAUCGCCAGAAGCACAAAGGCCGUGGCAGAGGGAAGAGGCCCAGCACAAGAACAGGAGCUGCAGCAGAGGAACUGCAUUCUGACAGCGAGGAAGAUGAUGGGCCUUUCCAAAUUCCAUCUCAUUUCCCAAUUCCUCUUCCACCCGUGGAAGCUCCUCCUUUGCCAUCUGGAUGUUCCACCUCAGACACCACAGUAAGCUGCAUUAAUGCCAAACUUACACAAAUACCACCAAUCUCAGAUCCAGAUCUCACAAGUUUAGACCUUACAGGAAACAGCAUCACCACUAUCUCAGAUGAAGCAUUCAACGGGAUACCCAACUUGGAAUGGAUUGAUCUGAGUAAAAAUAAUAUUACCUCUCCUGGCAUAGGUCCAAAAGCAUUCAAAAUCCUGAAAAAGCUAAAACGUUUGUACUUGGAUGGAAAUCUGCUGGUCCAUAUUCCCUCUGAACUGCCAUCAACUUUGGAAGAAAUAAAAAUAAAUGACAACCACCUUCAUGCCAUUGAUGAAGAUGGCCUAAAAGGUUUAAAGAACUUGGUCACUCUGGAAUUAGAAGGAAAUAAACUUAGUGAAGCCAAUGUCAGUCCUUUGGCCUUUUAUCCUUUGAAAAGUCUUUGUUAUUUGCGACUGGGAAGGAAUAAAUUUAGAAUUAUCCCACAAGGUCUUCCUGCCACUCUCGAGGAGUUGUAUCUUGAAAAUAAUCAAAUUGAAGAAGUGUCAGAAAUUUGCUUUAACCACACGAGAAACAUCAAUGUCAUUGGGCUAAAGCACAACAAAUUAGAAGAGCACAGGAUAGCACCUUUGGCCUGGAUAAACCAAGAGAACUUGGAAUCAAUCGAUCUCUCUUACAAUAAAUUGUAUCAUGUUCCCUCCUACCUGCCAAAAUCUUUACUACACUUGGUACUUGUAGGAAACCAGAUAGAAAGAAUCCCCGGUUACGUGUUUGGCCACAUGAAGCCGGGGCUGGAGUAUCUCUACCUGUCCUUUAACAAACUCACCGACGAUGGCAUAGACCCCGUGUCCUUUUUUGGAGCAUAUCACUCCCUGAGGGAGCUGUUUUUGGAUCACAAUGAACUGAAGUCUGUGCCAUUUGGAAUUGAUGAAAUGAGAAAACUGCGUUUUCUGAGACUGAACAACAACAAAAUAAGGACGGUGCCCCCCGAGCGCAUCUGCAGGACUCCCAGCGGGGACGACAGCGAGGAGGAGGAGGAGGACAGUGAAGAUUCCCGUCUGGAACACGUGCAUCUCGAAAACAACUACAUCAACACGAGAAAGCUCUCCCCACACUCGUUUUCAUGCAUCAGAUCCUAUUGCAGUGUUGUCCUUAAGCCACAGAAGAGCAAAGAAGAUAUGAAAGAAUACACACUCCUCCUCUUUUUGGCUUUGUGCUCUGCCAAAUCUCUCACUGGUCCCUCCUAUUUCACACUAAAGAACAUGAUGCUCCAAGACAUGGAAGACGAGGACGAUGACGACGAUGACGACAAUUCCCUAUUUCCAACCACUGAACCCAUUAUGCCACUGAUUCCUUUUGAUCUGUUCCCAACAUGUCCCUUUGGAUGCCAGUGCUAUGUCAGGGUUGUCCACUGCUCUGACCUAGGUUUGACAUCAAUCCCUCGCAACAUCCCGCCAGAUACUCGGAUGAUCGACCUCCAGAACAACAAAAUUAAAGAGGUCAAGGAAAACGACCUCCAAGGACUCACAUCACUCUAUGCACUGGCUUUGAACAACAAUAAAAUCUACAAGAUCCAUCCCAAAGCCUUUCAACCCACAAAGAGGCUCCGCCGACUGUACCUGUCCCACAACCAGCUGACUGAGAUUCCAACAAAUCUGCCCAGAACGUUGGCAGAGCUCAGAAUUCAUGCUAACAAGGUCAAGAAAAUCCCCAGGGAUGUAUUUAAAGGAAUGAAGUCUCUGCAUGUUUUAGAAAUGAGUGCAAAUCCUCUGAACAAUGAUGGAAUAGAGCCUGGGGCUUUUGAAGGAGUAAAUAUCUACCAUAUAAGAAUUGCAGAAGCCAAGUUAACUUCAAUUCCUAAAGAUUUGCCCUCCAGUCUCCUGGAGCUUCAUUUAGAUGACAAUAAGAUCACAGCAAUUGAACUUGAGGAUUUUAACCGUUACAAAGACCUUCAAAGGCUGGGCCUUGGGAACAAUAAAAUCAAAGAUGUGGAAAAUGGAAGUUUUGCCAACAUCCCAAGUAUCCGUGAAAUCCACCUGGAGAAAAACAAGCUGAAGAAGGUUCCUCCUGGAUUACCUGAGCUGAGAUACCUGCAGGUGGUGUUCCUGCAUUCCAACCACAUCGCCAAGCUGGGAGUGAACGAUUUCUGCCCCACGGGCCGCAGGAAGAAGAAGGCUCUGUACAGCGGCAUCAGCCUCUUCAACAACCCCGUCAAGUACUGGCAGGUGCAGCCCUCCACCUUCCGCUGCAUCUUAGCCAGGAACAGCGUCCAGCUGGGCAACUUCCUCAAGUGA